CACCAUCUUCUUCUCUUCUUGUUUGUCGGAGAACUAGGUUGCAUACAACCUUUCCCCUCACGUUUUCCUUUCUUUAAGCCUUCUCCACGUGCUUCUCUAUCUCGCCCGUUCCCUUCUCAUUAUCCCGACGGUUCGUCAUCAUCAUCUGUCUCACUCGGCAACUCCACGUGCCCUCAAGCCUGGGCUCGUGCCCCACGGGAGCCUCAGACUCCCCACACGGUAUCCCUCAAG